AUGCCGCCAACGCUUUAUAACUCAUCUGAACAGUCCAUAGAUCGAGAUUUUGAUUGUGUAUAUGACGAAAGACGAACGCGGGAAAUAUUGCAAUCGUCUUCUUACGCGGAAAGCAGCUUCCAUCACACGGAGGGUUCUGCCCCCGCAUCUGACUCUGUUGAGGAGCAGGCGGAGCAAUCAAGGUUUACACAUGAACAUACAUAUCGGCGCAACGAUUUGUAUGCGGAAGAAGAUGGAGUAAGUGCGCAAAACAAACACACCACUGGCACUGAGUUUUACGGCAACUCCUCCAAUUUUGCACUCCUGAAUCAGCUCGUUUCCUGCGUGCGCGGCCUGGCUGCAAAACCUGCUGGUAGUACACUGGAUACAGUACAGGCACCAUCGUCAAUUGUGGAAAUAUUCUACGAUGAGCAGUCGCAUUUACAAGACCCUGUACCUGCUUCGCCCGUCACGGUUGCGGGGAGGACGUCCGAGUUCCGACCAAGCCACAAGGUUGACUCAGUAACCAGAGACUCACAAACUCCGGUAAACCCUGGCGAGUCAAAUCCGACCGUCUCCCAAAUCCACCAGAUCAACCAGCUGCCAUCCUCGUGGGGCUGUUUCAUUGGAACUCCUAUGCGCCUGGAAAUGGAGUAUGUGUACAUGUAUUUCGAAAACAUCCAUAACAUCCACCCUUUCCUAUCAAAAGCGGACUUCGUCGCGCGAUGCAGGCGGGAGGUCUGGACAAGAAGCUCAGUGAAGCAGUUACAUCAGGACAAGUUGCAUUUUUUAUCUCUUUACAACGCCGUCCUGUCUGUGGCAGCAUUGACCGCGGGUACGCACGCGCUAUCGGAAUAUCGAAAUGAGCUCGAUAAGCCUCCCGAGAGCAGCCCGCAAAACAAACCACCUUCGACACCACCGUCCUCAUUGCUAUUAUCGAGAUUAUAUUUCUGGCGUGCCCGACGGCUUUUGGGAGAUAUUUUCGAGGUCUCUUCGAUUGACAGCGCACAAGCCUUGUUGCUCAUGUCGGUAUACUGUCAGCAUGCACUGAAGACACACGCCUGCUACAUGUACAGCGGGAUGGCAGCCCGAACCGCUAUCGCCAUUGGAAUCAGCAGGGAAGGCAACCUUGGAUCCCGAAGGACGUGGUGGGCGAUAUAUGCGCAAGAUAUGGAGAUAUCGUGCUCGUCCGGUCGAUCCAGCUCUCUAGCCGAGCCAAGCGACUAUCCAGUGCCCUAUCCACAAUCGACGAAUAAAGCAAGAGAAGACAAGGCUGAGGAAACUGAUGCAACUUCACAAGACUCGAUCAUUGCAUCUCUGGUUGAGUCCUCGGUUAUCUUACAACAGACAUCGAAGCGACUAUAUCACAACCACGAAAAAUUGUCCCUGAAGGACAAGUCUCAAAUUGCGUUUGAAUUAGACAGCAGUCUGGAGAUAUGGCGUUCAGGUCUGCCAGCCCUACUUGACUGGGAUAUGGAGUCCUUUAACGAACCGGAAUGGGCAACCAAGCAAAAGCUUCACCUACAACUCCGUUUCUACAAUAUCAGAAUGUUCAUCCACCGACCAUUCUUCUCAAAUACCACGAGCGAGAUCCAGCAUGCUCACGUGAGGAUAUGUCUGGAAGCUGCGCAGAACAUCAUCAAUCUUCUCUACAACGCCUAUCAGCACCGCUAUUACUUUAGGACGUGGUGGUAUAACUCUACCUAUACGCUCUACGCCAGCAUGAUAAUCCUCUACGUGAUUCUUAUAGAUCCAGCGGAUCCAUCGGUGGAUGAGCUCUUCCGUCAUAUAAGACGAGCGCUCAAGAUCCUUGAUGCCAUGAAGGAAUUGAGAGUGGCUAAGCGCUGCGGCGACCUGAUCACCGAGAUCCUCCAAGUAACCACCCGUUAUGUGGAAAGCCGAAGACGCAGCCGCGUCGGCGACUUUCGAGUAUCUCCUGUCCCGGACGGGAACUCGGGAGCAUACAACAGCAAUCAGGCAGAUCUUUCCCAGCCCGUUCAUGUGUCUGGAAUGUCAGAAGAACAACCGCAUCAAAUCACUGAUGCGGAAGCGCACUUUUUCGGUGGUGAUCCGGAAAGCCCGUAUUUCACUCGACAAGAUAUAUUGGCGUGUCUUGAGGACACUAGGAUUUUAGAAAACUUUGCUGUGGGGUUGGAUAACGAGGAUUGUACAUAUUCUGAUAUGGCUAGUGUGGACGAGCUGCGGAGAGGGGGGGUCAGGCUGAACCCACCUUACGCUGAGGAUGAGACUGAGCGCAUGGGGCAAUGGAGCUGGACAUAG